UGGGGGUGAUGAUGAAGCUGAUGAAAGGGAACUUAAGAUACUCUCCACCAUCCCUGAUAUUCGGAAAGAGGCAGGUAUCUUCAUCAGCCCAGACGGACAUAGGAAAAGCGCAAAAAUUCGUAAAAAGAGUUCACGGGUACAUGUAAGGAGCCCGGAUUUAACUCCGAACCCGGAUGAAAUGACAAAUGUUCAAACUGAAUUUCCGCAUAUAGAAGGGAAAAAUGUGACAAAGAGACCGAAUGUGGGCGUGGCAUCUGAUUCCGAUGUGGGUUUCGAUGGGAUGGGUGAUCCCAAAAAAGGAAAGGUUGUUGAUGAAGAGGAACCGUCUGAUGACGUGUACAUAUCGGUGCCAUCGACAGCAGGACACACCUCAGUUAACGAGGACGACGGAUACGACACUGAUCUCGGGGACAAGGACGAGUUCCGCCACAAGGAGCUGGAACAACAGCUGAUUACUUGCCGAGAGAACACAGACAUAGGUCACCUGUCUUACGAGGAAGCAUGUAAGACCCACGGAGCCACGCCCCUCAGGAGGGUUAUUACACAGCUGUGGAUAACGAAAAUGCAGCUGCAGCACGUGGGACUCAAUGUCAAGCAGGUCAAGGCCAUAUGUGCGGGACUCUUGGAAAACACAAAGGUUGAGGACCUUGACCUUGAAGGUAAUGGCAUUGACGGCACGGGCACAGCACUCAUCUCGGACCUCCUGAAGAGGAACACGUUCAUCUCCCGAGUGAGUUUAAAGGCCAAUACACUGGAGAACAAGGGUGCAAUAGCCCUCUCCGAUCUGCUGCAGUUAACCACGACCAUCACACAGCUCAACCUGCACAGUUGCCAGAUAGCUGACCACGAGAUGCUCCACGUGGCAACAGGUAUACAGAACAAUGAGAGUAUUAAAUGGCUCUCCUUGAGUCAUAACAAGAUUGGCAUCCUUGGAGGUGUUCAGCUUGGAAGAGCGAUGGGUGCCAACAACUACCUGGAGUAUGUUGACGUCAGUUGGAACCAGAUCAGAGCUAGCGGCGCCGUGUCCGUCUGUAAGAGUCUGCAGAAAAAUCACACUAUACGAAAACUGGACGUGUCGUGGAAUGGUUUCGGAUUUGAAGGCAGUCUGGCGAUAGGGGAAUCCCUGAAGAUGAACAGAACCCUGAAGGUGCUGGAUAUGGCCAAUAACAGGAUCAACUGGGACUGUGUGCCGUACAUCGGGAGGGGGAUCAGGGCAAACAGGUGCCUGGAAGUGUUGGACCUUGGCCAUAACCCAUUGUCGAUGGAGGGGUGUGACGAGCUCCUAGAUGCAAUAGCGAAACCUACUUGUUGUCUUAGACACCUAGGAUUAGAGAACAUACCGAUCAACUCCAAGGUUGCCUUCAGUGCAACGGAGAUCUCCCGUACCCGGAAGUUCACUCUCCAUCACGGCGGCAUCCUCAGCACUCACGACAUCAUUGGCAUUCAGAGAGACCUGAAGGAAGUGAAGCGCCAAGACCCCAUGUCGCUGCUUACAAGAUAUUUAGGCACGAUUGGGAUCCGAGUCGUCGAUCUGUUUCGAAUGUUCGAUACGGAAAAUAGGUUUUACGUGUCCAAAGAAAAGUUUAUCCGAGGGCUUAAGCGUGUACGAGCGCCCUUAGACGAAGACGAAAUGCUGGAGGUUGUGAAGAGGAUCGGGAUGAGCAAGGGAGGGCAGAUAAACUACCAGUUACUCGCUGCAGGUGUAAGGAAGCACAUUCGUGACGAACGCAAGGAAGACAUGCGACAGGAAGCGUUGGAACGGAAACGCCGUGAGGAGCGACGGCGGAUCUUACAGUCAGAUGCCAUCAUUUCCGCGCCCGAGUCCAACUACUACUUUCCUUCAAUGUACAACAUCUAUGGCACGAGGUUCAUUGGACGCCCCUCGGAAGGCACACCUCUAGCUUCCAGUCUCAGUAGACAGAACUCCUUCGCCAACUUUACAACACCCGGAAGCUUCUUGCCAAAACUCUACUCGGAAAGUCCUCGAAGUCUGAUCGCUGUGAGUGAGAGUGAAUCCCUCCGUCACACACCUGCAGAUGCUAUGAAGAAGAAAAAGAAGAGGACGCGGUCAAAGUCUGUGACAAGUCAGAAAUCAACAAAGUCAGAAGCCAGUGGCAGUAGUGGGGGCGGAUACCUGCCACCAUUGUCCAGUCUCAAUCUCAGACACGACAGUCCCUGAAUGGACAGUCUUCCCAGGGAGUUAAUUGUCUAUUAAAGUCCGGUUUCCAUCCUUGGCUAACUGAGUUGGAAUUUCAGAGUUACGUGGUUUUCGCAGGGCUAACGACACUGUGCAUAGUCCAAUUCUCGUGACAAAGUAAUGAGCUUGGAUUUUUAUCAAUUUGUGACUCUGUUAGGAUGUGUGAGAAAGACACAAGUAUGAAUACCACAGAGGCUUUGGUGUUUAGCUUUGUACAAAAUAUCGAUACCUGUCUGUGACCAGCAUUAAAACACUGAAUUUGUUUCAAAGGAGAUAUUCUCAAAUGCA